UCACCUGAAUCAGCUGUCCUUGAGAGAUCAUUUUUAUGCUAAUAAAUGCAGUGCUAUUGAACUGUCUGAAACCUGACUGAAACUUUUGUAGUAUUUCUAAUGAUUAGGUUGUAGUAAUAUAUAGUGAUAGUAUGCAUAUUGUCAUUGCCCUCCAUUAUGCUGUCCGCUUGGACAUUCUUUAAGAACUGAUGCUACAAACAGUUGCACGAUGAUUGAAAUGGAGCCAGAUUUCUACUAAAGCCAUUGUACGAACACUAGCACAGAGUUAGGUGGGCCGUCAUGAGGAUUAUUUCAAGAAUCAUUUGUCAGUGGCAAACGAUGUUUAAGCACUAUGCAGUAUGUGUGGUCUAUUUUGAAACUGGACUGUUACAAAUUUAGCGCUUGCGCUGAGGGCGGCGCUUACUGUAACUGGAUAGUACAACUGCAGGACACCAGCUUUGAAAACAGACCGUGUGAGUACAAAGGUUAGUGAUAACAGAACAUCAUAACUUUCUCUAAACCGAGCAAGAUGUCUGACACAGCAGACUUACUGGCGGAGCUGAAACAGAGAGUUGGCUGCUGCAUAGAUGAAGCCAAAGAAAAGUUGCACAGACUCAGUAAGGACAUAUGGAGCUGUCCAGAGCUGGCUUAUGAGGAAACUCAGUCUCACAACAGACUGGUAGAAUUUUUCAGCCAAGAAGAAGGCUGGAAGGUCGACAGUCACUUCAAACUAGAGACUGCAUUUCGAGCCACUUGGGGAACCGGCGGCAGUGAGAAGGUGAAUGUGGGUUUCCUGUGUGAGUAUGACGCCCUGCCUGGUAUUGGACAUGCGUGUGGACACAAUUUGAUAGCCGAGGUUGGAGCUGCUGCAGCUCUAGGGCUCAAAGCUGUGCUGGAAAACACACAGAAGCUCCCUGUCCAGGUGCAGGUGAUGGUGCUGGGGACCCCAGCUGAGGAGGAUGGUGGAGGUAAAAUUGACAUGGUGAGGGAGGGAGCAUUUGAGGACCUCGAUGUGGUCUUUAUGGCCCACCCAUCAAAGGAGGAUGCCACGUACCUGCCCUGCGUGGCUGAGCAUGAUGUAACCAUAAAGUAUCACGGUAAGGAGUCUCAUGCCUCAGCCUACCCCUGGGAGGGAAUCAACGCAUUGGAUGCGGCGGUGCUGUGCUACAACAACUUGUCUGUGCUCAGACAGCAGAUGAAACCAGACUGGAGAGUUCACGGUAUCAUAAAGCAUGGUGGAGUGAAACCAAAUAUCAUCCCUGCCUACACUGAGCUGGAGUACUAUCUGAGAACCCCGUCACGUGCUGAGCUUCCUGUUCUGAAGAAAAAGGCUGAGAUGUGUUUUAGAUCAGCAGCUGCAGCAACUGGCUGUGAGGUUGAAGUACAGUUUGCAAGAAAUAAAUAUGACAACAUGUUGCGCAAUGCUGUACUAGAGGAGCUGUAUGAGAAAAAUGGAAAGGCUCUGGGGAUGGACUUCACCACAGACGAAGAAGUCCUCAGGAAUGAAUCUGGUUCCACAGACUUUGGCAAUGUGACAUUUGUAGUACCUGGUAUCCAUCCAUACUUCUACAUUGGUUCUAAUGCAUUGAACCACACAGAGGAAUACACUGUUGCUGCUGGUGAAGACAGAGCUCAGUUCUUCACCCUGAGGGCGGCGAAGGCUCUGGCCAUGACGGCCCUGGAUGUGCUGCUGCAUCCGGAGCUGCUGCAGAGGGUGAAGCAGGAGUUCACUGAGGCCAAACUGAAGGAGGAGAGGACGCAGAGAAAGAGCACAGAGCAGUCUGCUUAACACUGCUGAUGCUCCCUGCACACUGUCUGCACACUUGUUCCUGUUGUCAAAAAACAAUGUGCAGGGUUCAACAGUACUUUGCUACAUUUUAGGCAAAGCGUAGCAAAUGCAGUGAAUUUCAAAUGUAGAGGCAAAUCAAUUAAAACAGUUAAGAUUCAAGAGAAAUAAUUAAGUAGUUAUUAAUGAAUAAGCUCUUUUUAAAUUAGAUUUGAUUAAAUAAAAUUAAAUUGAAAAGACAA